AUGAGAUCAGCAAGAUAUGCACAAGACGCGAUAAGUGACAGACUAAAAUUAUACCUGACAACUUCAAAAAUAUCUCCAAGUUCACUCUCGGGAUUGAAGUCGCUAAAAAGACGGUACCCGCCAUCAACACCAAUUCCAAAAGCAGAAAACAAUUCCAACUGUAUUCUUGAAUGUAAGCCGUUGGACACCGAUGGAAAGGGUAACUUUUUCGACGCAGAAACGGGGAGAAAAGUAAUUCUCAAGGGAAUCAAUGUGGACUCCCAAACAAAACUACCAGCAAAGCCAUAUAUGCCUUCAUUUGAAGGAGACUGUACUGAUCCCAAUAACAUUUUCUUUGAUGGAGACACUGUGUCAUUUGUUGGCAGACCAUUCCCCUUGGCUGAAGCCAAGGUGCAUCUCGAAAGAAUAAAAAGUUGGGGGUAUAAUAUAGUUAGAUACCUUUUGACUUGGGAAGCAAUAGAGCACGAAGGUCCAGGCAAAUAUGACCAAGAGUUUGCUGACUAUACUAUUGAAAUGUUGAAAAUUAUAGGAGAGACUAAAGGCAUGUACGUGAUACUCGAGUUUCAUCAAGAUGUGUGGUCAAGGUUUUCAGGAGGCUCAGGUGCUCCAAUGUGGACCCUUUAUGCCGCAGGAUUGGAACCGAAACACUUUGCUGUUACAGAAGCAGCUAUCUUACACAACGACCCUAGGUUCUACGAUGAAACAGAAGUGUAUCACAAGAUGCUCUGGACUUCGAAUUACAAACGAUUAGUUGCAUUAACAAUGUUUACCAUGUUUUUUGCUGGAAAAAACUAUUUCCCCAAUUUAUCCAUAAACGGUGAGAAUAUCCAAGAUUAUCUACAAAAUAAGUACUUGGGCGCCGUUGAUUUCAUUUGGCGAGAAAUUUGUAAGAAAGUUCCCGAUUUAAUUGAAAAUGGCACUAUUUUGGGAUUCGAAUCAAUGAAUGAACCAAAUUGCGGGUUGAUUGGUCAUGAUAGACUAGAUUACAUACCAGCAAAUCAACAGUUACGUGUAGGCACAACUCCUACUGCAUUCCAGGCAAUGAAAUUGGGUAUGGGUUUCACAUGCGAAGUUGAUGAGUAUCAAAUCUCCAUAACCGGUCCAAGAAAAUUUGGUACAAAAAUUGUUGACCCAAAGGGUAUCAGGGCUUGGAUGUUACCAGAAACUGCACUUGAGAUAGACUCUCGAUAUGGUUUCAAGAGAAGCAAUGACUGGGAAUUGGGCACUUGUCCCUUUGCUAAAAUGGGUAUCUGGGAAUGGCCAUCGAUAGCAACAUCCACUGAUCCAAAUGCAAUUACGCAAUUUCAAAGACUUGAAAUUUCAGCAAAAUGUAAAAUGUUGGAGCCUGAGUUUUUCUGUAAGGCAUAUCCGCAACACAACUAUGCCGAGUAUUUUGGUUCAAAUCAUGUCAAAGUUGAUACUGAAUUUUUCAUCAACUAUCAUUUUGUUAAUCACAUCAUCGAAUUUAAAAAAGUUAUAAGAAAGCAUGCACCUAACGUGUUUCUCCUUCUUCUGACACCCGUAUUGGAACAGCCACCAGAUAUUGUUGGAGAUGAGCGUAAAAUUAUUGAUAACAAGACUAUUUAUUGCCCGCACUACUACGAUGGAUUAUCAUUAAUGUUUAAGAGUUGGAACACUCGGUACAAUGUGGAUACAUUAGGAAUAAUGCGUGGGAGUUACUUGAACCCUGUACUUGGAAUAGUUUUUGGCGAACGUGCAAUCGGAAAUUGUAUCAGGAACCAAUUUAUAGAAAUGAGAAAAGAAUGUGAUAAAUAUUUGGGUAAAAUACCUAUACUAAUGUCAGAAACAGGGAUGCCCUUUGACAUGGAUGACAAGCGGUCCUAUCGAAAUGGUAAAUUUAUUUCCCAAACGUCAGCAAUUGAUGUUUUAUGCAACGCUCUUGAAGGAGCAAACAUGUCUCACACGUUUUGGUGUUAUAACAGUAUGAACAAUCACAAGUGGGGAGAUAAUUGGAACAAUGAGGACUUCUCCUUUUGGUCACCCGACGAUCGAAAUUUGACAUUCGAGGAUGAGUAUGAACCGAUUUCGAAUGGGAACAAUAUAACAUUAAGUGGAGUUAAUAGAAGCUCUUCUCAUUUGCGAAGAAAAGCACGCAAGUUAAAAAGGGAGAGACACAGAAAGAGUAAAAGAGCCGGUACCAGUACCGCUACGUUAAUGGAAAAUAGUUCUUCCCGCAAUAGUGUAUUAUCUUCAUCUUCUUUAGCAUCGGAGUCUUCUAUAUGCUUUGAAGAUGCCGCAGAAACUACAAUCACAUCAAUGGAGGAGUAUGAUACAGAUGACUUAGCAAGCACUUCUAUGUCUACGACAGCAUCCGAGAUGUCCUUAUCCUCACAAUCAUCAGGAUCAAUCAUUUCUUCUAAUUCAUCCAACAUAUACCGUCGUCAGCUCAGAAAAUGCUAUCCAUCCCCAGACGGAGUUCGAGCAGUAAGCGCAGUGAUCCGUCCAUAUAUGAUUGCCACCAGAGGAACGAUAGUUGAAUCUGAAUUCGAUAUCAAAUCCUGCAAAUACUCUUUACAAUUAUCGAUUGAUAAAUCGCAAGUGGAAAAUAAGUUUAUUCCAACAAUUAUAUUUGUUCCUCUUUGGCAUUUUCCUUUUUUGGACUAUGGCGAUAUUUAUUUGACCUCGGGGUAUAUCAAGUACAAUGAGAGCUUACAGUACAUUGAAUGGUAUCAUGCAUCUGAUCCCUCCAUUGUUCAAGAGGAGGAAAUGUUGAAAGAAGAAAAGAGCGGGAUAACAACUGAAACGAUUGUUAUCAAGAAUAAUAGCGGGUCUUUGGAAGAGAUCAAAAUGAUUGAGAAAAAAGCAGAGCUGGGAUGUCCUGUUAUGUAA